AUGGUGGUGAAGUCGGAUGGCAGCAAAUGGGCAUGCCAAUCAUGCCUCAAGGGACACCGCGUCAGCGGUUGCACGCACGUCGACCGUGAACUGUUCCACGUACCGAAGAAAGGACGUCCUGUGACGCAAUGUCAGCACUGUCGUCAAGAGCGCAAGAAACGCUCAGCUCACGUCAGCUGUGAGUGUGCUGGCGUGGAAAAGCCUCAUCACUCGAAGGAGAAAUGCAUCCAUCUGCGCGAGGCGGAGGAAAGGGCGAAGGCCGGGUAUUGUGACGAGUUAACAGGAGAGAAUCAUGCCGCCCAUCUGGCUCUGGUGGCCGAGGAGCAAGGCUGUUGCUGUCCGCAUGGCGGCAAAUGCACAUGCUCCCUGUUGAAGAGGGAAGUGAACAGCGACGGCGCCAGCCCGACUCACGGACCCGCUGUCAAGCCGCGCCUGGAGUCCGCCAAGUCCGAAGGCUCAAUCACUGUCUUCCAGAAUGGUCACCACAAGCCUGUGCACCGCAAGAACCAUCUGGCCCAUGAGGCAGGUAUGCCGUAUAAGAUUCCAAUGCCAAGAGCGCAUACGGACCACACCGUGUCAGCGAAGGCACGUCGAUCUGUCGACAGCCUCGCCCUGGAUAACAACAUGCCCAUCUGUCCGUCAGCCUUCACCCCGCAGACCAGUGCACCGUUCAACACCGAGCGGCGCAUGUCCAAAUCUGAGCAGCCGUCGCCUAAAAUGGAUCCUUUCCCCGGUGGCUGCCCUAUUAUGGGAGACAAGAAGCUACUCGACAUGGACUUCAGCACCCUCGGCCCAGUUGAUACGAACCAGAGUCUAGCGUCAACGACAAGCGAAGCGCUCAAUUACAAUGCGAACGAACUGCCAUCUGCUGUACAGGACUACAUGUUUGAUCCGUGGUCCAGCCUUCCGUCUGCCGAGUCACUAAACAUGCCCAACAACAACCCAUUCGGUGUCUGGCCGACAGACUCUCAGGCCAGCAACAUGGCUCAACCGGCCUUGACUGCUGCCUCCUCCGGCACCCAGUCAGAAAUAGACGAGAUGCCACCAAUGGAUGACAUGCUUGGUUUCGGCAUGCCAAGUAUUCAGGAGGACACGGGCAGCUUCGACAUUGACGCACUGGCUGCUUCCGGAUCGCCUUUGUCCAACCGACACAGCCUUCCGCAGAACUUCUUCAAAGAUAUCACUACCGACGCCGAGUGGCCUAUCAGUCUCGAUGCCAACAUCUCGACGGGUCAGAAGUCAUUCGAUGCUGCACAGCUCAUGGACUUCGACGAGGUCUGGCGUAUGGGCGACUUACCAAUGGUCAGCGACAAUAUUGCUCGCACCGCAAGCGGUCUACCACUUUGUAGCCGUCCGUCCUCGCGGUCGGUCGGCGCGGACUUUGCACCCAAGCCGACCAACGAUGUUCUUCAACAGCUGUUUCCGGACAUGGAUCUCAACGGUGGCUAUUUCAACACCCCAAGCAGCUCACAGGACUUCGCCGUCGCCACUUCCAAUGCCACUGCGUCCGCAGCUCCCACGUCCUUAGCAUCUAUGGACUUUGGUCCAAUGGACGAGAGCAUUGGCUUCACCUCUCAAGCGUGGUCCGAUGGGUCGAUGAGUAUCCCCAACGACGACUUUGCAAACCCUUACGAUGUCCUUGAUCAAGACUUCACGGACCCUGACCUUGGCAGUAACUGGGCUCAAUAA